GCCCCGCGGCCGCCUUUAUAAGGCGGCGGGGGAGGUGGCCCGGGCCGCGUUGCGCUCCCGCCACUCCGCGCCCGCUAUCCCCGCUCCGCGCUCCCACGCGCUUGUGCCUGGACGGACCCUCGCCAGUGCUCUGCGCAGGAUUGGAACAUCAGUUAACAUCUGACCACUGCCAGCCCACCCCCUCCCACCCACGUCGAUCGCAUCUCUGGGCUCCAGGGAUGAAGCAGGUCUUGGGGUGCACCAUGAUUUCACCAUUCUUAGUACUGGCCAUUGGCACCUGCCUUACCAGCUCCUUAGUGCCAGAGAAAGAGAAAGACCCCAAGUACUGGCGAGACCAAGCGCAAGAGACACUGAAAUAUGCCCUGGAGCUUCAGAAGCUCAACACCAACGUGGCUAAGAAUGUCAUCAUGUUCCUGGGAGAUGGGAUGGGCGUCUCCACAGUGACGGCCGCCCGCAUCCUCAAGGGUCAGCUCCACCACAACCCUGGGGAGGAGACCAGGCUGGAGAUGGACAAGUUCCCCUUCGUGGCCCUCUCCAAGACGUACAACACCAAUGCCCAGGUCCCUGACAGCGCUGGCACCGCCACCGCCUACCUGUGUGGGGUGAAGGCCAACGAGGGCACCGUGGGGGUAAGCGCGGCCACUGAGCGUUCCCGAUGCAACACCACCCAGGGGAACGAGGUCACCUCCAUCCUGCACUGGGCCAAGGACGCUGGGAAAUCUGUGGGCAUUGUGACCACCACGAGAGUGAACCAUGCCACCCCCAGCGCCGCCUACGCCCACUCGGCUGACCGGGACUGGUACUCAGACAACGAGAUGCCCCCUGAGGCCUUGAGCCAGGGCUGCAAGGACAUCGCCUACCAGCUCAUGCACAACAUCAGGGACAUUGACGUGAUCAUGGGGGGUGGCCGGAAAUACAUGUACCCCAAGAAUAAAACUGAUGUGGAGUAUGAGAUUGACGAGAAAGCCAGGGGCACGAGGCUGGACGGCCUGGACCUCGUUGACACCUGGAAGAGCUUCAAACCGAGACACAAGCAUUCCCACUUCAUCUGGAACCGCACGGAACUCCUGACCCUUGACCCCCACAAUGUGGACUACCUAUUGGGUCUCUUCGAGCCGGGGGACAUGCAGUACGAGCUGAACAGGAACAACGUGACGGACCCGUCACUCUCCGAGAUGGUGGUGGUGGCCAUCCAGAUCCUGCGGAAGAACCCCAAAGGCUUCUUCUUGCUGGUGGAAGGAGGCAGGAUUGACCAUGGGCACCAUGAAGGCAAAGCCAAGCAGGCCCUGCAUGAGGCGGUGGAGAUGGACCGGGCCAUCGGGCAGGCAGGCAGCAUGACCUCCUCGGAAGACACUCUGACCGUGGUCACUGCGGACCAUUCCCACGUCUUCACCUUUGGUGGAUACACCCCCCGUGGCAACUCUAUCUUUGGUCUGGCCCCCAUGCUGAGUGACACAGACAAGAAGCCCUUCACUGCCAUCCUGUAUGGGAAUGGGCCUGGCUACAAAGUGGUGGGCGGUGAACGAGAGAAUGUCUCCAUGGUGGACUAUGCUCACAACAACUACCAGGCGCAGUCUGCUGUGCCCCUGCGCCACGAGACCCACGGCGGGGAGGACGUGGCCGUCUUCUCCAAGGGCCCCAUGGCUCACCUGCUGCACGGCGUCCAUGAGCAGAACUACAUCCCCCACGUGAUGGCGUAUGCAGCCUGCAUCGGGGCCAACCUCGACCACUGUGCCCCUGCCAGCUCGGCAGGCAGCCUUGCUGCAGGCCCCCUGCUGCUCGCGCUGGCCCUUUUUCCCCUGAGCAUCCUGUUCUGAGGGCCCAGGGCCCGGGCACCCAUGAGCCCGUGACAGAUGCCAACUUCCCACUCCCCAGUGCUGCCCACUGCCUGGCAGCCCACCCCUCAAGGGGCAGGGAGGUGGGGGCCUCCUCAGCCUCUGCAACUGCAAGAAAGGGGACCCAGGAGACCAAAGUCUGCCGCCCACCUCACUCCCCUCUGGAAUCUUCCCCAAGGGCCAAACCCACUUCUGGCCUCCAGCCUUUGCUCCCUCCCCGCUGCCCUUUGGCCAACAGGGUAGAUUUCUCUUGGGCAGGCAGAGAGUACAGACUGCAGAAAUUCUCAAAACCCCUUAUUUUUCUAGCAAACGUAUUUCGCCAGACCCAGAGGCCCCAAAGCCUCCAUGGAACAUUCCGGAUCUGACCCUCCCACUCUCAUCUCCUGACCCUCCCACUCUCAUCUCCUGACCCUCCCACUCUCAUCUCCUGACCCUGCCACUCUCAUCUCCUGACCCUCCCACUCUCAUCUCCUUCCCUCUGGAACCCCCCAGGCCCUACCAUGCUCAUGUUCCUGUCCCCAGGCCCAGCCCUCCUUCAGGGGAGAUGAGGUCUUUCUCCUCAGGACAAGGCCUUGCUCACUCACUCACUCCAAGGCCACCAGGGUCCCAGGAAGCUGAUGCCUGGGUGGCCAUCCUACCCAGCGUGGCCCAGGCCGGGAAGAGCCACCUGGCAGGGCUCACACUCCUGGGCUCUGAACACACAUGCCAGCUCCUCUCUGAAGCGACUCUCCUGUUUGGAACGGCAAAAAAAAAUUUUUUUUUCUCUUUUUGGUGGUGGUUAAAAGGGAACACAAAACAUUUAAAUAAAACUUUCCAAAUAUUUCUGAGGA